UGUACAUACAUAUACACAUAUGUAGACAGCUCGAAUCGCUGAGAUAGAUAUUAAGAUUAACCUAAGAUUAAUAUUUAAAUUCUAUUUAAUUUGUGAUAGUUUUAGUGUAUUGGCUAGUUAUCAUUUGUUGCCCUGAAGGGAUUUCCAUUAAAUAAUAUUAUAUUGCAUGACAUUGACGGAUAGAGGCAUGUAAGUUAUUUUAUGUCCAUGUUUUGAAUUAUAUUGCAAAACUGUAUAUAUAUGCAAUAUUGCUAAAUUAUGUUUAAAAUCUGCAUGCUUGUGUGUUUUUCAAUUGCAGGAAUGCUUUCAUUCAUCUGCUGAUUUAGUUGUGAUGAUAAUAUUUUGAGGCAGUUUGUGAAUUGGUAUUAGUUCCUGUAAUGUAGGUUUCUUUGGUUGUCUGAGAAGAUUAUGAAUAGAUUUUGUGAUGCUUAAAAUUACUUGAAGAGAAAUCCAGAGUGUCUGUUUUUCCCUCUUGAUUGAUCUUGCAGGUUAUAUUGCACUCUCUCGGUGAAAAUGGAGGACUUUGAAUACAGUGUAGAGAUCUGUGACCGUGACUGGGAAUGUUUCUUUGCGGAAUGCGAGGAGUGCAACCUGCUUCCUCCUUCAUUAGCAGGUGUGGAUGACUCUGGGAUGAGUGACCUUGACGAUACAGGCUCCCUGCUUGCUAAGAGGGUUCAUAGAGUCAACCUAACAGCGGGCUUUUCAGAGGCUGACCGCCCCAUCGACGGUCCCCCAGACUGUGAGGGCUCUCCUGUGGAGCAUUACCUCAGCAAACAUGUCAUUGGUGGAUUGGAGAGCGUCCUUUCAGGCAGCGAGGAGGAUAUACACCUGCAGUCUGUCAAUAUUUUCUAUGAAAGGCUGAAAAAGCUUACAGAGGCUGAGAGACUUGCUGAGCCAUGCCAAGUGAGAGAAAACAGAGAGGCAGUGGUGGAGACGGAACAGUGUAGCGAUGGGCAACAAUCCAGCGGCAGCACUUUGCCAAAAAACAUCCCCAAGUUAAACUCUCUGCCUGCCAGAGGUGAAACAGCAGUUGGCAAAGAGACCAUGAGGCCUGUCGACACCAUCAGCAACAUAAACACAAUGAAAAAAGUUGAGACUUGUUCCAGCAUUUCCCCUGACUCUGCAGCCAGUAACUCAGUGCUCGAGACUGACAAAUCGACCAACCCUGAAACAGAGUUAUUCAUCAGGGAGGAAGGCUGCACUGAAACCAGAGUAAAUGAGACAACACUGCGGAAUCAGCUUCAUGACUUACUGGAGGGCGGAGUCUGCCCCGAAACACGUCACGCAGACAAAGUGACGAAAGUGCACACGUGCAAACCUCUGAAGGAACAAGAAUAUUUUUGGAGUCAGUUAACUUGCAGUGAUAAGUGCAAAAUGAAUUCACCCAUCAAUGUAGGAAUGGUGACAAAUGUGAAAUGGAUGGAAGAACAAUCCCCUGUUUUACAGUUAGACGUCACAAGCAUAAACAAAUCAGCAAGCCAAGAAUCAUCUCCGUCUGCCUCCAUCAAAAGGAAGAGAAGGAAGAAGAGACGACUCAGCUUUCAACCAGCGGAGUGUGCACAUGGAUAUGAGAGGCGGGUUUUAAAAUCGAGCGACUCUGAGGAGGAGCAGUAUACAGGGAGGGGGGGAACUGGUCUGAGUUUAUCUGAGGAUGUGAAUUUAUUUUCUUUAAAUGAACCACAAAAAAAUAUUGUGUCCUCUUUAUAUUCAGUCACAGGCAAUCUUCCCUUGAGAAUAUCUGCUAAGGAGAUGAAAGCAAAGGAUCUUUCUCAUAGCAUUCUGCCUUGUGACGGUCAGUACCAAUUUUUACCAGACAACAUACUAGUCCAGGGAAGGUUUAAAGAAUCAAGUUUAGCUGAAGUUGCCGCAUUGAGUCAAACUGAUGACAAUGUAAUGUCAGCAACAAGCAACGGUGUUAAUGUGGAAACAAAUUUACAGCCAUGCAUCAAAUUACAAGUGCAAGAAUUAAUUAGACCGAAUAAGCGGUCCUGGUUGCCGGUUACAGUUCCUGGCAGUGUCUUUGGUCAAUCAGACAUGGCCAGAGAAAUGGCCAACAGUGAGACAAAGGACAAUCAUGCAGACAGUCUCAAGGAGCCUGAUAAAUUGAAUCAUUAUAUCAGCGGUUGUGAAAAUAAACAAAAUCUAAAAUGUUGUACAGCAGAGGUCAAAUCAAUAACUCCCAGUAUUCCAUCAAGCGCAGAGUCAAAUGAUCCCGCUGUGGGAGUCAUCCAAAAUGACAACCUAUCCGAUGCUAAGUCAGUCCUGGCUGGAGAGGUUGGAAAUUCUGUCAGAGACAACCACACAGUGUGUCAAAGAGAGGCCGAGUCCCAACAACAGCUGGAAAUAGACCGUCAUGACACAGACCAAUUUAGCUCUGCUCUCGUGAAGACUCUUGCCCUCAAUGCAAAGCCCCGGCAAUUCAAAACCAGAGCCCGUCCAUUUUCUGGGGAGAUUUCCAAUAAAGUGACCUUAAUUUCAAAUGAUAUCAAUUCAUUACCUGAUGAUAAAAGUUGUCUUUCUGAAAGUGCCUCUGAUUUGGAUAAAGAUGACACAAUACAGCAAACAAAGCAUCUUCUGGAGCUUCAGACUGUAACUCACAUAGGAGCAUCGCAAUUAAUGACUUGUGGGAAUCCCUGUCCAUCUGGGGAAAUGUAUCUAACAGGCAGCAGUCAGAGAGAAAUCAAAUUGUCCACAUCUAAAGAGUUGAUAACAAGUCCUUCAGAUGUUACACCUGGAUUGUCCUGCUGCUCUCUUCACACAGAAUCCGUUAUGUCACUCUCAAAUGACAAUGUCACAGAUUUGUCUGGUAGUUUUUGUUCAUCUGUCAGUCAAAACCAGUCUGGAGGUCAAGUAGAUAAACCCCAGCUUAUCUUGGCAAAACACAAGGAAGGAUAUGCUAAACCUGGACCUGAAAGCCAGUCUGUAUCAAAUAGCUCAACAGAAUCAAAAUGUGGUUUAUUGGAUGGAGCAGAAGAUGCUGUCACAGCAUCCGGAACUGAAUGCAGACCAGAUUCAAAACAUUCAGUGUUUGCCAUGUCGUCUUUUUGGAGUGAGAUGGAGAAGUUGACAAUAAGUGACAUUCUUGGUUUACGAAUGAUCAGCGAAGCGGCUCCAUCCUGCUGCCUCCCGCCUUUGCAGGAAAGUCAGGAGAUGGACGUCUUUGCCACAACUGAUUCUGGCUUUUGUACACAGAUGGAUGAGUCCAAGCCCAAGCAAACCAAUGAGUGCAUGUCCAGUGUUCUUGAUUGUGUAAGAUCAAGUUUGGGUACUGCUGUGUUAGACGAUUCCUCCUCUUCAAGAAGUGUUAGGUGGGAGAGUGAACCUGUCCCGAUGAGCCGAGGUACCGAUAUUUACCCUGAGAAUAUGAUGUUGACAUCUGUGAGUGACAUCUCUCAACCAUUCCUUUCAGAGAGUGCUCACAAGAGCCCCCGAAAGAUUUCCAAAAAUGUAAGUGUGCACAAUCUACAUGCUCUGGAGUCUUUCAGCUCCACGUGUAAAGGCCAAACGUUACAAACCUUAGAUAAAGGAGAAUCAGAAAGUGUAGACCGUUUUUCUGAGGAACAUGUGGCUAAGCAGGCAAUGGACACACAUUCUUCCCCUUCCUCUUUGACAGACAGCUACAGAAUUUCUAUUACAGAUGUUUUUCAGUACCUCUUUGGUGGAAAGCAAUCAACUCCCAGCCAAUCCACUACAGACAACAUAACCACCGUCUACGCUGAUGGAAAUUCUGUUCCUGAAACAUAUGAUCAUUUUUUCUCAGAGUUUGAUACAGAAAACUUCUUCUGCCCCCUCAUCACAGCAGACGUUCAGGCCAAGGAUGAGCUGGUUCCUCUCUUUUCCUACUCUCGCUCCGCUAGUAGAAAUCUACAGUUCCCAGAGGUUUAUGACUGUUUAUUUGCAUCCUCUUCCUCCGAUGAUUCUUCUGUUGAAUCUGAUGAUGAAGAAGACUGCGGUCCUGUGAGGGUAGUGACCAGGUUUAGCCGUAAGGCGAGCACGAAUCAGAUUUCAACAGAUAUUUAUGAGAAUUUCUUUACAGACAGCGACCUCCGACAGAAUUUCUUCUGCGACACAACACUCUCCUUCAGGAACAGGAUGUUUCCUGGAUUUACAGUUCGGAAGCAGACUCUCUCACACUCUGUGUCUCCUGUACCUGUGAGGCAAAGCCCCAGAUCCCUUCGAAGAACAGUGUUUCCCAGUAACGUACUGGGAAAUCAAGACGUGCUGUUUCCUGAUCCACUUCUCUACCACCUGGAAAACAGGAUCCCCAGACAACAAGCACAGCAGCAUUUCAGAUGUGAGGACUUGCAGACAGCUCUUUCAAAUCCACGGCUGGACACCUCCCUCCUGCCGCUCAGACAGGCGGAUAUGUGUCUGGUUUGUAUUGCAUUUGCUUCAUGGGUGCUGAAGACUGCAAACCCACAAGUUGGAGAUGCCUGGAAGGCUGUCCUGCUGGCAAAUGUAAGUGCUCUGUCAGCGAUUGGAUACCUGCGUAAGUACGUCAAGAAGGAGGCGGCAGACAGUGAGAAGAAGAAUUGCAUCACUCCGCCCCACCUGGGUCUCUAAAUACGUCAUGAUUGAAAUGAUAAACUUUUCCAGACAAUGUGGAUAUGAGUCGCUGCAGUACCUGUGUCCUUCAAGGAAUGCCACAAUUGCUUAAUGUGCUGUUCCAUGUUUGCACUGCACAUUUGCACUGUAAUUCAUAGAAUGGAAAUGGAUUUCGUUUAAUAAGAGCUGUUUUGCUUCUGUAAGGCAAGAUGAGACACGUUCAGUAUAUUUCUCAGACAGGCGGCUUUACAGGCUUGAGACAUUUAUAAAUAAAGUUUCAGUAAGUUAGAUUAGGGGCAGAGCUCUAAAUGGAUUAACUUGAGUCACUCAAAGAAUUUAGAACGGUGAUGUUGGAGCAUGUUUGUUUCCAUCACAUUACUUUUAUGUAGCAGAUGAUUUUUAUCCAAAGUGACUGUGUUGUAUAUUUCCAGGAACGAUAAUUUAAAUAUUUUACAAGAUUAA